GGAGAGAAACAAUGUUGUUGUUCAAAGUUGAGGUGGCAGGCACAGUGCGAGUGCGUCGUUGCCAUGGCGGAAUGUGUCUAUAGGAAGAAAGCAAGCAAUCACACACAGUGAGAGAGUCAAUAGACACAGAACAAAUGGCUCUAUUCCCUCAAGCUACACUCCCUCUCUCUCUUCUCUUUCUUCUUCUGUUUUCGGCGACAUCAUCAUUGGAAAAAGAAGAGUUCUCGGAGGAGUUGCUGCUGAAACCCUUACCCGAUCGCAAAGUGCUCGCGCAUUUUCACUUCCAAAGCGAAGCUCCGCUUGCGGCUGAUUCCUUCGCUCGUCACCACCACCUCUUCCCCAAAUCCAUUUCUCAGCUGGUUCAGAAGUUUCAUGUUAAAGCGAUGGAAUUAUCUUUUACUCAAGGUCGGUGGAACUAUGAAAGAUGGGGUGGAUUUGAUCCAAUAUCAAGCCACAACGCAAAGCCUCCAGGAGUUGAAUUGUGGGCAGUUUUUGAUGUUCCUCUACAUCUGGUUGAUGCUUAUUGGAAAAAUUUAACCCAUUCACUGUCAGGUCUCUUUUGUGCUUCGAUCAACUUCCUGGAGUCUUCUACCUCUUAUUCUGCUCCCGAAUGGGCAUUUCAAUCAGCUUUGGGCAGUUUAAGAUAUGGUACACUGCCACGUGAAGCUGUCUGCACUGAGAAUCUUACUCCCUGGUUGAAACUCCUUCCUUGUCGAGAUAAAGCUGGAAUCUCUUCCUUAAUGGAUAGACCGUCUAUUUACAGAAGCUUUUACCACUCUCAGCGAUUGCACUUGACAAUGUCCACAGCUGUUUCAAAUGGGUUAAGUUCAGGAAUUAUUCUGGAACAGACACUUACAGUUGUACUUCAGCCGGAUAAUCAGAAAGCUGGUUUGAACUAUGUUAGUCAAACAAAAACACAACCAAGUUGGUCUCUGAGUUCAAUAUUUGGAAGAAAGAUCAAUGGAAGAUGUGUUCUUGCAAAGUUGAGUAAUGUUUACCUUCAUGUUGAGAGAGGUCUAGUCACUCAACUUGAGAAUCUCCAGAAGAAUGAUAAAUUUGCUGCCAAUGACACAGGUCCUGAUGAUUUUAGAAGGAAUGUUGGCUUUGAAUUGUCUGUUACUCCCAACAAGGUGCAUAAAGAAGUGGAAAAGAGCUGCUCUAUUCUGUAUGAAUAUCCAAUCAAUGAGUACAAAGACACAGAACAAUUUGAUUUAGGCUUAACAUGGAAGCACCCGGUAGUUUGGUCCAGCCCACAUGCACCUUUAUAUGCCAGUAGAUUUCUGAUGGGAAGUGGGAAUGAAAGAGGUGCUAUUGCUAUAUCAUUGAAGUCAACAGAAAUGACCCAGGGCCUCGUUGCAGCCAAUAAUGUUGAAGAGAGGUGUAAGUUGCAAGUAAAUGUUCUCCAAAUUGUGCCUUGGUAUAUUAAGGUAUAUUAUCAUACUUUGCAAUUAUUAGUUGAUGAAAGGCCUCAAGUACUCACAAAUUUUGUUGAGAAAAUGCGUGUUUCACCUUCUGAAGACAAAGUAUCACCAGGGGUAAUGGAGCUAGUCCUCCAAUUUCCUUGCGAAAUUAAGUCAGCUUUAUUAAAUAUAGAGUUUGAUAAGGGCUUCUUGCACAUUGAUGAAUAUCCUCCAGAUGCUAAUCAAGGAUUUGACAUUCCAUCUGCAAUAAUAAGCUUUCCUGACUUCCAUGCCGGUUUGCAAUUUUCUGAUAACUCUCAAAGCAAGUCACCGAUGUUGUCUAAAUUACAGGAAAAGAGUCCUGUUCUCUCUUACACAGAAGUUUUACUUGUACCCUUGACAACUCCUGACUUCAGUAUGCCAUACAACGUCAUAACAAUUACAUGCACAGUUUUUGCAUUGUAUUUUGGAUCUUUGCUAAAUGUUCUCCGAAGACGUGUUGGAGAGGAGGAAAGACUGUUGAAAAACAAAGAUGCUAAAAAAGCUGUGUUCCUUCGUCGAGUACUCACCAAACUAUCUUCCAAGUUAAAAGGCAGACCAUCUGAAUCGACUCAGCCACCUCCAUCUUCAUCAUCAUCAUCUUUCGUUAGUCCAAAAUUGAUCCUUAGAGGACUACUGAUUGCAGGAAUUGCCGUUGCAUGGCAUUACUACUCGCAAUGAUAUCUUCCAACUAGGUAGUUUUAGAUGUACUAUAUUUUAAUUGCAUAUAAUUUUGUACAAUACAAACCUUACUUCUACUGCCCUAUGCACCUGCAUUAAUGUCUGUUUUUAUUUGAUAAAAAGAAUAGAUGUACACCCUCAAAUUGAUUGAUUUAAACAAAAAUUUUGUCCGUCUGAUUUUGCAUUAUUAUUAAUAAAAAAUUGCAAUACCUUUUGU